UGCAGCCUGCGGUGGCAGAGCCAGAUGCUGGCCAUCCAUCAGAAGAUCGACGCGGCCAUCCAGGACAUGCUGGAGGGGGCCUAUUUGCACUACUUCCACUGCCUGAGGAUCGUGGAGAUCCUCAGGGGCACUGAGGCCUCCACCAAGAACCUCUUUGGGCGCUACUCGUCCCAGCGCAUGAAGGACUGGCAGGAGAUUGUGGCCUUCUACAAGAAGGACAACAUCUACCUGGCGGAGCUCAUCAGCCUCCUGGUGUGCAGCAUCAGCUACAAGUCGCUGUGGAGGCAGUUGGGCCAGUGUCAGCAGGCGCAGCAGGACUUCUCCCGCAGUGACAAGGACUGUCAGCUCGGGACGGCUGAGCUGCAGGAGUGCUUCUUUGCCUCCUGCAAGCAGUAUGGCAUCACGGGUGACAACGUGUGCCAGGAGCUGCUGGACCUGGUGAAGGACCUGCCCUUGCUGCUGUCUGAGAUCGGGGCAGGAGCCAGCUCGCUGUCUGAGGCCAUCAAGCUUUACCAGGCCUGCGUGGAGUUUGUGUGCCAGAGCCCCACAGAGCCGGUGGUGCCGCUGCUGCGGUACAUGGGGAGCAGAGGCAACACCGCUAUGUACAAGUGGAGGAUGGGGCAGCAGCCCCGGUGUGUGCGGCGGCCAGAGUCUCCACUUUGUACCCCAGAGCCCGAGGGGGUUGCCUGUGGCCCUGAUGCCCUGACACUGCUGGAAACAGAGACCCAGAGCCAGUUCAUUGAUGAGCUGAUGGAGCUGGAGCUAUUCCUGGCCCAGCACCUGGUGGAGAUGGAAGAGGAGGCCAACGUUGUGGCCAUCAGCCAGUUCCAGCUGGCCCCCGCCGUGCUGCAGGGCCAGAUCAGUGCUAGCUUCCUCCUGGCCACCACCUGGGCAUUGCUGGGGCAGCUCUGUGCCUGCAGCAUGCCGCACCUCUUCAUCCCCUCACCCAGGUAUGUGGACCGUGUGAGUAAGGUGCUGCGGCAGAAGCUGAAGCAGGCGGAGCUGCUGCUGGCCAAGGGUGAGGGCAUGCGGCGGAAGCAGCAGGAGGCUCUGGCAGAGCAGGCAGCCCUGGAGAGGACCAAGGAGCUCCAGAAGCUGAUCGAGGCUGACAUCUGCAAGUGCUACAGCCGGCAGCCCUGA